AUGCCAUCAAAACAAGUCCUCUUUUUUGGAGACGAGGUGGUGUCACCCCUGCCUGCUAUUCACAAUUUAUAUCGCCAAGCUAGAUCAUCAAUCACCAUCCAACGCUUCCUCUCUGAAGCCACAAGAGUGGUCAAAUUGGAGAUAUGUAAGCUUCAAGCGGAACAGCGUGAUCGUUGGCCGGGUUUCGACACCAUCAUUGAGCUUGCAGAGACAUGGGCGAAGCAAGAGCUGCCUGGAGGGGCAGUGAACAUGACGCUGGUCUGCAUCAGUCGUCUGGGAGAGCUUCUGAAGUAUGCCCAUAUGGAUCCACAGCUUCUGGGAACAAACAGAAAGCAGAUUCACAUGCUGGGUCUGUGCACGGGGUUGUUGCCCGCUGCUGCAGCAUCAGUGGCACAAACUACAGCUGAGCUCUUUGAUCUGUCCCUGGUCAUCCUUGCUCUGACUGUGCGUUGUGCGGCUCAAAUUUUGCACCGUUCAAGGAGCAUAGAUGAUGCGCCACGGACCAGCACCUGGGGCUAUCUCGUCACUUCAAUGCCGGCUGAGAAACAACAGGAACUAAUCGACAAGUUCCAUGCAGACCAGCGUAUACCUCGGCAUCGGUCAGCAUACCUCAGCGUGAUUGCGGAUCAAUGGACCACACUUACUGGCCCUCCAUCGACACUCACGCAAUUGUUCGCAAGCUGUCCCGAACUCUGUGCAGCGCCUCAUUUAGCACUUCCCAUCGAGGGUGCUGUUCAUGCCCCUCAUCUCCCAUUGUUGGAUUUUGACUUUAUCAUCGGCUCGUCUGCUUUCCACGGCCGGCAGCCUUCACCUGAUGCCACUAUUAUAAGCCCAUCUUCAUUGAAGCCUUAUCGAUGCCAGAGUCUGAGAGAUUUGCUUCACGAAAUGCUCGUAGAUAUAUCUCAAAACCCACUAUACGUCAACAGCGCCAUGGAUGCCGCUUUGGGGUUGCCGGCCAACGACCCCAUUGAUGUGACAGUUGUGGGUCCAACCACGCAGACGACGUUGCUCAAGAGAUUGUUGGAUACGGCUGGAGCGGCCUACACUAUACAAGAGACUUUGGAGUCACCCACAGCUCUUCCAGGCGAUCGCGCUAGUUGCCGGGACAUCGCCGUCGUAGGUUUCGCUGGAAGGUUCCCCGGAGGGAAAGACAUGGAGGAACUUUGGAAUACCAUCCAUGGAGCAAAAGAUCUUCACCGUGAGAUUCCGAAUUCCCGUUUCGACGUGAACGAGUACUACGACUCGUCUGGCUUGAAGAAGAACUCGAUUUCAACAAAAUAUGGUUGCUUUCUGAGCAACCCAGGAGAGUUUGACACCCGUUUGUUCAAUUUGUCGCCCCGAGAAGUCUUACAGAUGGACCCAAUGCAGCGCCUGUUUUUGAUGACGACCUAUGAAGCCCUGGAGGCAGCGGGUCAGCCCCCGUACGGUGACCUACCGCAAGGAGGCAGACGCGUAGCCAGUUUCUUUGGCCAAGCUGCAGAUGACCAGAAAGAAAUCAACAACGAUGGAACUGACAUUUACUACGUCCCCGGGGUGGCGAGGGCAUUUUAUCCCGGUCGGAUCAAUCAUCACUUCAAGUGGACCGGCCCCACCUUCAGUGUCGAUUCGGCGUGUGCUUCAAGCUGUUCGGCCAUUCUCCUGGCAUCAUCGGAAUUGAACGCGGGGAAUUGUGACAUGGCCGUCGUUGGUGGCGGGUCCAUUCUAUCGUCACCGCGCCCGUUCUCGGGCUUAAGCAAGGGUGGCUUUCUGUCUGCCACGGGGGGUUGCAAAACUUUUCGCGCCGACGCCGACGGUUAUUGCCGUGGCGAAGGCGUUGGCGUUGUCGUUCUCAAGCGGCUGGAGGACGCUCUGCAGAACAACGACAACAUUCACGCUGUCAUCCGAGCCGGUGCCAGAAAUGCCAACGCUGGUGCUGUGUCCAUUACUCAUCCCGAUGCAGAGGCUCAAGAGCGGUUGUACCGUCAAGUCUUGCAGCAAGGAUGUUUGCAACCGAGUGACAUCUCUUACGUCGAGUUUCACGGCACAGCCACACAAGCGGGGGAUACGGCGGAGAUGAUUUCCAUCGGCAAUGCGUUGGGAAAAGAUCGAUCGAGUGGACUACCGCCCCUCUACGUUGGAUCGAUCAAAGCAAACAUUGGACAUAGCGAAGCAGCGGCGGGCGUGACAGCACUGAUCAAGUGUUGUCUCAUGCUUCAGAAGGAUGAAAUUCCUCCACAAGUCGGCAUGCCUGCCAAAUUGAAUGUCAACUAUCCACGAUUGGAAGAGCUCAACAUACAAUUCCCGCAUGAGCCUGUGGGCUUCGAGGCAAGCGCCACGAGUGACGGCGUACGAAGAAUCUUGCUGAACAAUUUCGACGCUGCUGGCGGCAAUGCAAGUCUGCUCAUCGAGGAUGCGCCAGCAAAACAGAGCAAAGAACAAGAUCCUCGCAGAUACCAUAUUGUCGCACUUUCCGCUCGGAGCAGCAGCGCUUUGAAAAAGGCUAAACAUCGUCUUGUUGAAUUCCUGUUAGGGAAUGUCGUGAGCAUUGCUGACGUGGCAUAUACAAGUACAGCACGCCGAGGCCACGAUAUAUUCCGGAGUGCCUAUGUCAGUUCGUCAGCCGAUGACCUGCUUGAACUGGUUGAGGCGGAUGUGUCUGCCGAGGCAAAGCGCGUCAGUGACAAAAUCACGACAGUGUUUCUUUUCACCGGGCAAGGUGCUCAAUACAGCGGUAUGGGAAGGACUUUGUUCAGGAAUUGUCGCGCUUUCCGCGAAUGUAUUCUGGCUUGCCAGAAACAGGCCGAAUUCCUAGGAUUUCCCCCUUUUGCGGACCUGAUCGCAGACGACUCAGUUGACGUCAAUGCGAGAUCGACAAUUGAAAUCCAGCUUGCCAUCGUGUCGCUCGAGAUCGCUCUAGCACGGACCUGGAACUCAUGGGGCAUUUUCCCUACUGUGGUAGUGGGCCACAGUCUUGGCGAGUACGCUGCACUGUGUGUCGCCGGCGUCUUGUCGCUGAGCGAUACGCUCUACCUUGUCGGGCAUCGUGCCACUUUGGUCCAAAAGCAUUGCUCAAACGGAACGUAUGGCAUGCUCUCAGUCAGGCUUGGAGUUGCCGAGCUUCAAAGCAGGUUAGCCAGCAGCACCACAGCUUGCGAGAUAUCCUGCAUCAAUAACCCUGCCAGCACGGUUGUCAGUGGGCAGUUGAAAGACAUCAAAACCUUCAGCGAGGAUUGCGACAGAGCCGGAAUCCGAACUGAUAUGCUGAAGAACGCCUAUGGAUUCCACUCCAUCCAGAUGGACACCGUCUUGGCGGACUAUGAGACUCUCGCGGAUGGAGUCGUCUUCAACAAGCCGCUGAUACCUGUCGCAUCGACACUGGAGGGCAAAAUCGUGCGCGAAACCGGGACUUUCUCGAGCAGUUACAUGGUCAGGCAGAUGCGUCAACCUGUUGAUUUUUUGGGUGCAAUCAAUGCCUGUCGAAAUGCUGACUUCAUCAAGGACGACGGUCUGUGGCUCGAAGUGGGUCCCAGUCCUGUCUGUCUGGGGCUUGCGUCGGCAUGUGUUGACAUUCCGACAUCGCAACGCAUGGCAUCACUUAAGCCGCGCGAGGACAACUUCAAAACCAUUUCCACAUCGUUGCAUACAGCGUACAGUCGUGGUAUUGACAUUGAUUGGAAAGCCUUUCACAGUGAUCAUGCUGAGAAUCUCAACCUUUUGCAUCUUCCCACCUACGCGUUUGAUGUCAAAGAUUUCUGGACAACAUUCAAAGAGCCCGCGCUUGCGUCAAUGCGCGAUGACCAAGGCAUAGACAGGACGAGCAGUCAAGACACGAAAGUUCAAGGCUUUCCCACAACAACACUUCAACGCGUCGAGACAGAAUCGUUGUCGGCGACCAAGGUAGCUGUUGACUUCGUGUCGAAGACCGCCGAGCCGAACCUGCUUGCUGUGAUGCAAGGGCAUAUUGUGAACGGAAAACCGAUCUGCCCCAGUAGUGUGUUCGCCGAUAUGGCCUAUACAGCGGGAAGAUAUAUCCACCAAAAGCUGCAUCCCGGAAAAUCCAUACCUCCGAUGUCUAUCGAAGACCUGAAUCUCACGCAGGCAUUGACAUUGGCUGAGUCAGGAGCAAAUCAAAUCAUCCGGGUCAGUGCGGUCGCCUCUGCGGAGUCCGGCUGGACGGUCGCAAUCUCUUUUCACUCCCAAAACAAAAAGCAGUUACAAACCCACGGCGGAUGCUCCGUCCGAUUCGGUGAUUCUGCUGAAUGGCAGGAGAGCUGGAAUGACACCGCCUAUCUCGUCCGCGGCCGAAUCGAGUCGAUACGUGAUUCCGCGAGGAUCGGAAAGACCGAAAGGCUCUCGCGACGAUACGUGUACAAGCUUUUCAACAAUGUUGUCUCUUACAGCGACCAGUAUCAAGGCAUGAGCGAGGUGAUCCUGGGUCCUGAAGAUGAUGGUGUUGCGGUGGUCAACUUCAAACCGGUUCCGAACGGGGCUAAAUUUACUUAUGCUCCGUAUUGGCUCGACCCCUUGGUUCAGUUGGCGGGUUUCUUGCUCAACGGAAGCGUCGACACUCCGGAUGACAUUGCAUACUUCUCUGCCGGUGUGAGAAGCCUGCGGAUCAUGGGAGAGCCUUCCGAGACCAAAACGUACCUCAGCUACGUUCGUAUGCGACAAGCACGGCAGAAUGGCGUUCUGACCGGUGAUGUCUACAUUUUCGAGGACGACAAAGUUAUCGGAGUCUGCGGAGGCGUGAUGUUCCAGAGAAUGCCGAAGAGGAUCUUGCAUUCGAUUCUUUUUGGCCAGUCUCGCGACACUGUGGCCCCUGCGGGCCAUAUGCAGGGUAAGACGUUCCUGAGAUCCUCUCCACCAUCCGGCCAGGAUACGCCGCGUGAUUCGUACUAUAAUUCUGUCAGUACUGUCACCACCGGUGUGAACACCCCAUGGUCGUCUGACUCGGAGAUAUCUUCGGCCGCCACUUCCGAUGUCGGUGUCUUGGAUGCAGAGAACAUUUUCAGCCUGGCCCUCAAGACCAUAGCCACAGAGACUGGGUAUCCGGUGGAGGACAUGCACGAAGACACCGUUUUUGAGGACAUGGGAGUCGAUUCAUUGAUGAGUGUCGCCAUCAUCGACGCCAUCAAGAGAAGCAGUAACAUUUCUGUCCCGGCCGCGUUCUUCACCGCCCACCCGACCGUUGGGGCGAUGAGAAAAGCAUUAUCCGAGAUGGCGGAGCCAGUAGCCUUGGAAGAGCCUAAAUUCUCCAAGCCGGAGAAAGACGCCCCGAAGUCAGCCAAAGCCGUUUCAGUUGACAAGGAGAGACGUGAAGAUCCACCGUCCGUCGUGCGGAGCAUCGGGCAGCCGGACCCACCGCCGGUCAUUGCCCUCUCGGGAUCUGGGAUGGCGGAACAGCCACCGGCACCGACAUCUGAGAAAGAGAAAUCAAAGUCAGACGUUGUUCAGGCAACGAAGACGUAUUCCAGUAACGUGGUUUUGCUUCAAGGUCGGCCAUCAUCAGGACAAAUACCAUUGUUUCUGCUUGUCGACGGCGCCGGAAGUAGCACGGCGUAUCUGCAUCUACCGUUCUUUCCCAACAGGCUUCCAGUAUACGCGCUUGAAUCACCGUUCCUUCACUGUCCUUUGGACUACACCAUCUCAAUCAACGAAAUGGCGCAGCUAUUCGUGGAUGCCAUCCGAAAGACGCAGCCGCGAGGCCCGUAUAUGCUCGGAGGUUGGUCUGCGGGCUCGGCGUACGCAUACGAAGUCGCACGCAUCUUGAUCGACGGAGGUGAAACAGUCCUCGGCCUGAUACUUUUAGACAUGCGCGUCCCAAGACCAAUGCCUGAUGGACUGGAGCCGACGAUGGAAAUUCUCGACCAGGUAGGGUUGACGGUGGGUAUCAAACGGGCCGGAAAGGCUCUCGGGGCCAUAUCAGAGAAGCAAAGGCAACAUCUACUCAGCACUGUGAAGCAACUGAUGGUGUACAACGCUCAACCGAUGCCUGAGGGUAAACGACCACUGAAGACUGUGGUCAUAUGGGCAAGAAAGGGCAUGAUCGACGUGAUCAAAGAGCAGGGUCUGGAAAUCCCCGAGUGGGCACAAGGUAUCGAGGAUGUGGACGGAAACGUCAUGGAAGAUGAGGGACUGGGUCUGGUCGGCUGGUUUUAUGGAAAGAGAACCAAUUUUGGGCCGAAUGGAUGGGACAAACUGCUGGGUGAGGUCGAAACUCAUGUUGUUGAGGGUGCAGAUCACUUCAGUUUGGUGACCCCGCCAACCGUCCGCGAGACUGCCAGAUUCAUGCAGGACGCUGUCGCUGCAUUCAUAAGCAAGGCCUGA